AUGCAUCCGACCCGGCGGUUCCUGUUCAUGGAUAUUGGGAGGACGGCACAGAUCUCGUGCACUUCUGUAGAAGAUAUUGAAGAUCGGGCAUUAUCAUUCAGCUGGUACAAAAGAAGAGAACACGGAAUGCCGAUUUUAAUCAAGAGUUGCGAGGAUAAAAAACCUGGAGACAGAUUUGCUUGCAAAGUUCAUUCUAAGCGCCGAAACGCCGUACUGGAGAUCCUUAAUGUGCAGAGGUCUGAUUCUGGCUUCUAUUUCUGUGCCAAAGGAACUCCUGAUGGCUUGCAUUUCAGCACUGCAACAUCUUCACUGAUUGUUGGAGACAGCUAUACUCCGAGCACCCGGGUGAUGCUUUUGCAGCCCUCUAACCAAGACCCAACUUCCCGGUUCAAGAACCAACUUGUUUGUGUGGUCCAUGGCGUGUCCAAUUUAGUCCAGGUGUCCUGGGACGUCCCAGGAUAUCACCCGCCUGAGGGCCAGGCCCUUUUAGGAAAAACCAACAGCGGAUCCUUAACCUUCAUCAGUGUCCUUCACCUCCCCAUGGAAUUACAAUACACUGGGGAAAACAUCACCUGCGAAGUCAGGUUCAACUCUUCCAGCACCAGCGUGAAGAAAACUGCUGUGUUCAAUGCAGGAAAGGGUGUGGAGUCGCUGUCUGCGCUGCUAAAUUCUUCCCUGGCUUAG